AUGCCACCAAGAAGAGCAGCUUCUUCACAAAACAGUCAGGCUAAUGAUGAUGUACCUCCAGUUGAGGGUUUGCCUCCUGGACAGUCUUCAUCUUCUAGGGGUAGCUCUUUUGAUGACUUCAAGAAAUUGGGUCCUCCUUACUUUUCUGGUGCUACAGAUCCCACAGAGGCAGAGGCUUGGAUCCUGAAGAUGGAGAAAUUCUUUGGUGUAAUAGAUUGCUCUGAGGAGCAAAAAACCUCUUAUGCAGCUUUUAUGUUAGACAAAGAGGCAGAUCAUUGGUGGCGUAUGACUAGGAGACUUUUGGAGGAUCAGGGACCCAUAACAUGGAGACAAUUUCGGGAGGCUUUCUACAAGAAGUAUUUCCCUGACAGUGUUAGGCGGCAGAAGGUGGGAGAGUUUAUUCGUUUGGAACAGGGGGAUAUGACUGUGGCUCAGUAUGAGGCCAAAUUUACAGAGUUAUCACGUUUUUCCCCACAGUUGAUUGCUACAGAGGAGGAAAAGGCAUUAAAGUUUCAGGAUGGAUUGAAGCCUUAUUUGAAGAACAAAUAUCUAUUCUGA